AUGUACGCUGCGGUCGUAUACUCCCUCGUCGUCAUUAACAAAGCUGGCGGCUUAAUCUACCAGCGCGACUUCCAAUCUGGACUACAGAAACUCUCUACAAAUGACUAUCUCGUCCUAGCCGGCACAUUUCACGGUGUUCACGCUAUUACUCGCUCUCUAACACCCCAGGUCUCUUCUGCUUCCACAGCUGCCGGUAAUAAUACUUCCCCGGGACUUUCUAGCCUCCCUAAUCCAGGCCUGCCCAAAACCGGGCUUGAAGUACUUGAAACGGAGAAAUUUAGAUUAACAUGCUUCCAAACCAUCACUGGCACCAAAUUCCUUCUAUUUACCGAUCCGCUCAUGCCUAAUGUUGAUGUUAUGAUGCGCAAGAUCUACGAAUUAUAUGCAGAUUAUGUCAUGAAAAACCCAUUCUAUCAGAUGGAAAUGCCGGUGAGAUGUGAGGCAUUUGAUCGGCAUUUGGCGGCAUGGCUGAGAAGCCGCAGUUGA